CUGAAACAUAGACGACUGACUGCUACCAGUCGAGUGGAGUUGACAUUGCAGGUGAAUGAUUGUGCGCUCAAUUGAAACUCUGCAAAUGUUGCUGCAAUUUUAGUGCUAUUCAAGUGCACCGCUAAUACAGAAUCACUGAAAGGCAAACGAAUUAAAUUGUUGGUACAUUGUAAUGACGCCAACAUGCAUAGCAACAACACCUUCUCAUGUUCCAAUUUAAGUGUUGCAGCAGCAACAUAAGUUUAAUGUCAUUUAACAUGGUUUAGUGCGUUUGGCUGCGUAGCGCACAUUUGCCCCACUCCAUAAGCAAUGAGAGCACAGACAGAAGUCGCAGAAAUCCUAGCACAUCAUCAACGCGAACAGAACACAAAGACAGAUUUUGAGGAAAACAAAAGAAGCUCAACUGUCAUAGACAUUCCAAAUGCAAACAGAAUCGUUGACGCUGUCGAGUUCGGUAUUUGUCACACAAAUUUGGCUGACAAUUGCAUGCAUGCAUCACAGAUUCAAUAUCUCAAUGUGGAGCCAUUGUCCAUGUUUGCAUAUGGCGCAUAUAGCGCAAAUAGCGCCCAUCAUCUGACAGAUUUGCACUGCAACAGAAUAAAAAAUGGCAAAGCUGUUGAAGCAACCAAUAAAGCACAGUUGGGGCUCGAGAAGAAAUAUUUGAGUACUGAAUUCAAGCGCUGCUGCCCAACACCAAUUUUCAUUAUCUUAAUAUCGUUGUUGGAGAUCGGCGUCUUCGUCUUUGACUAUCUGACGGUAGCUCCAGUGAAUGAAUUGAGCAACAGUAAUGUACCCAGUGAAUCGGUGUUUAUUUAUCGACCGGAUCGCCGUCUGGAGAUUUGGCGUUACGUAUCUUACAUGUUGUUGCAUGCGAACUGGUUUCAUCUGAGCUUCAACAUUCUGAUUCAACUGCUCUUCGGUGUGCCCUUGGAAUUGGUGCACGGUUCGUUGCGUGUUGCUGUCAUCUAUUUGGCGGGUGUUUUUGCUGGAUCGUUGGGCACUAGCGUUGUGGACUCGGAAGUGUAUUUAGUCGGAGCUAGCGGCGGCGUUUAUGCACUACUAGCUGCACAAUUAGCAAGUAUUUUGUUGAACUUUGAACAAAUGCGUUACGGUAUCUUACAGUUGAUGUCAGUGAUUAUUUUUGUUUCCUGUGAUUUGGGCUUCGCAUUUUAUACAAAGUAUUUUUCAACUGAAAUUAGAGGUCUGCCUGCAGUUUCGUAUAUCGCUCAUCUGACGGGUUCCUUGGCUGGCUUCACAGUGGCACUUUUAAUAUUGAAAAAUUUUGAGAGUAAGACUCAAUCGAAAGUGAUUUGGUGGAUUGCUUUAAGCUCCUAUUUGACAUUUACAAUAUUCGCGAUUGUAUUCAACUUACUAAAUACAAUGACUGCACAAAGGCUUGAAGAAGAGGGCGAGGAAUUAAAACAACAUUUGUUACAUGAUUUGGGUAUUUCCUAGGUGAAUUAAUGCAACUUUAUAAAAUUUUAUAAACUUUUUAAGAGUUAC